AUGACUAUUUUUAUUAUUAUAAUAGUGAAAUAAACGAAGAGUGGAUUAACAUUGAUAAUUCUUUUAAUCUUAAUUUAAAUAACGAAAUAGUAUUGCAUCAGAUAAUCAAACAACUUAUAUUCUGUAUUGAAGAGAAAUCACUAGAAUGUAUUAUCUUAUUAAUCAGGAGCAUUGAUUUCAUCAAAAACUAUUAAUUACUUUUAAUAUGGGAAUAAUGGGGUUGUUUUAAGAGAUGAGUUUUAUAAAAUAUUGCCAUAUGGAGUAUACUUUACUCGUUGUCAAUUAGGGCAAUCAAUUUCCAUAAUACUACUCUAAAAGUAUUUAUUAACUACAUUAAAAAUUUGGUUUUGGGAAUAUGAGUAUCUUCAUAACAAAGGCAUCAGAUAUUACGAUAUAAUUGUUUAUGCUAAAUUAGAUUAGGGAAAAAAUAAAAUUUAUGAUAGUAACUUAGCAAUAAGUUUAAUGAAGAUAGAAUUUCCAGAAUAGUUUGUUGAGGAAUUUUAAAUAGUAAAUGUAGGAGGUAAUACUUACAAUUCAGGUUUACACAUCAUUAAAGUUGAAGCAUAUUAUAAAUUUUCAUGA